AGACGGCUCGUGAUUUUCAUAUAGUAAACAAAAUCAGAUGGCAUUGACACCACUUCUGUUGAUAAAUAAGGAUUAACAAUUUUUUAAUAAAUAAUUAUAUUUUUUAUAUCAGCAGUUUUAAUCAUUAAAGCAUACUAGAAAUAUGUCACUCGGUUAUACAUUUCUAGGCUGUCCACUUUUAUUAAAUAUCGAUAAUAAAGAAAUUCUUUAUGAGAUUCUGAACUACUCGAUAGAUGUACUCCUUGGUAAUAGUGACGAGCACCAAAUGGAGAAACAUUGUCACAAGUACGGAUUCCAAAAUGUCCACGAUUUCAUGUUGCUGACGCGCAAGAUUGCCCGAGUCUACAGAUCUCACUACGAGAAUGAGAAUGCCACAGAAGCGGAAUUGCUUUAUGAAUUUAACAAUUUAAGUCCCGAAUUCCAGCGAUUGGUACCAGCUGUAUACGAGGCGCGUAAAUCAGAAAUUGGAAAGUAUAUGAUGCAGCUGCAUAAUGCUCAAGAUCAUCCAUUGGUAUUGUCAUUUGACUACGACGCACGUGUUGUACUCGGUGACAGUAGCUUCGCGCAAAAUUUUCGGGAAUUGGUCCGAAUAUAUUUCCACUGUUGUGAUGCAAAUGGUAAACUAAGUAAAUUGAGCUUUGAAAUGGAUCCAGACAAAUUGAAUGAAUUUAUUGCUACUUUAGAAUUAUCUUUAGCCACAGAGAAAAAUAAAAUUUGUUAGGCAGAUUUCUAAUAUCCUGCGAUUUUUGCACUUCCAAGUGUCAUUUGUGCAUUUUAAGAGUGCGAGAAGAUAACACCGAAAGUAUCAGUGCACAAACCGUUCCAAAAUCCAACUCUCGCAAGUCACCUGAACGAAGCAAUUGAAGGGAUCGAAUGUAUAAAUCGUCAAGGACAACUAACAAAAAUGUCGGACAUUUAACAGUCACAAUAAGGUCAUGACUAGAAUUGUGAAAAUUCCAACUGUUUAUGUUGACUUUACAUAUUACGCCCCCUUUUCAAAAGAGACACAAUUUAAAAGUCAGAUCCGAAGAUCGUACAGAUUCGAAACAAAUUAUACGAAGAAAUGUAUCUAUAGUGGUCCAAGAAUAUGAGCGUACAUAAAAUAUGAUGCACAAUAGGUGUAUAAAAUGGAGAUAAAUGCCACAAUUUGAUGUAUGCCAAAAAAAUCUGGCUAAUUUUUUUUUUUUCGUUUUUUAGUUGAGCCUCUAUUUCAGGGGGUGUGCAAUUUGUAAAUAGCUGCUUUUAUAUAGAUAACACUAAGUAGGUUUAUAUAAACAUUCGUACUUACCUUGAGCAAAUAAAAAAGCACUAUUUUCCAUUUCCAAAUAGCGAAAUAACUACAAAUGUUUUUUGAAAUAUUAACAUUUCCUUCUAAUUUAUUCUAUGCGCAUUAAUUUCGAUUAAAAUUUACAUUGCAAUAUGUUUGUGUUAUAUAAAUACAUCGGGUUCAUACGAAUAUAUCUGGUAAUGAAUGUGCAUGGGCAUAGCUGCUAAGAAGCUCUAUGCUAUGUAAUUUUAUGUUUACGCUCUUAAUCACCACUCUUGCAUAACAAAUAUAAUAUAUAUAACAAUAUUCUUAUCAAUCAAUACACAUAAGUGAACUACAAUUAAACCAAAAAAUAAUAAAAAUAUCCUUAAUGUACCAGCUAAGAAGAGCAAUAAGAAACUUAUAGUAUAAUAUAGUGAACGUAUUUUUCCAACCUUGCCUAUGAGUGAUUAAAAUUACUUAUAAAUACA